AUGAAGCGCUUCAGCCAGAGGGUGCAUGCCCAGCUCUCGCGCGGCAAAGACAAAGACCCCAAUAAGCCCAAGAAGAAUAAGGAUUCCAAAGAUGGGACUGCAUCCCCCUCGUCGGUCGGCUCAGGCCGCGAUGCAAACCAGUCGCCUAACCCGACUCCUUCAUCCUCGACGACAAACCUCUCCGAUUCCCGCAAUAAGCCGCUGCCGCCUAACAACGCCGGCGCCCACGGCGGAGAACCGAACCAGCCGUCGCCAUUGAGCAACCAGCAAGGUGCUGCCCCGGAUCGCUUUGGCUCCACGGGAGCGGCCCAAAGUGCUAACGGUGGAGGUUCUCCAGCUCGCCAUGGCACCCUACCGCCUACCGUCAUCAUCAGCCCCAGCGCUCCUCACGUCCCGCCCCCUGGUGCUGCCGAAACCAUGCCACACGAUCUCGCGCCUCCGAAAGCGGGCACCAAGUCGCUCAUGUUCGAUCGCCUCCACCAGACGCCCAAGGACGUGCCCGAGGGCCUCAGAACACCCAAGCGACAGCAUUCGUCGAGAUUCGAUAUCUCUGCUCACCGCGAGCUGGAGAAGCUUCCUGGAUUCCACGAAGUUCCCCCCAACCGACGCCAAGAGCUCUUCAUGCAGAAGAUUGACCAGUGCAACGUCAUUUUUGACUUCAAUGAUGCCAGUGGUGACAUGAAAUCCAAGGAGAUCAAGCGACUCGCCCUCCACGAACUGCUCGACUACGUCGCUAAUAACCGCCAAGUCAUUACGGAGCCAAUGUACCCUAGAGUUGUCGAAAUGUUCGCCAAGAACCUCUUCCGACCCAUUCCGCCCCCGAUGAACCCCCAAGGAGAAGCUUUCGAUCCGGAGGAGGACGAACCCGUCUUGGAGGUUGCUUGGCCGCAUAUCCAGGUUGUCUACGAGUUCUUCCUGCGCUUUAUCGAAAGCCAGGACUUCAACACCAACAUUGCCAAGGCGUACAUUGACCAUAGCUUCGUGCUGCAGCUGCUGGAGCUCUUUGACUCGGAGGACCCGCGCGAGAGAGACUUCCUCAAGACGACGCUUCACCGUAUCUAUGGCAAGUUCCUGAACCUGAGAUCGUUCAUCCGUCGCUCCAUCAACAACGUAUUCUUCCAGUUCACAUACGAAACGGAGAGGUUUAACGGCAUUGCUGAAUUGUUGGAAAUUCUGGGCUCUAUUAUCAACGGUUUCGCUCUGCCGCUGAAGGAGGAGCAUAAGACCUUCUUGACGCGGGUAUUGAUACCUUUGCACAAGGUGAAGAGUCUCAGCAUGUACCACCCUCAGCUGGCGUACUGCAUUGUUGUCCUCGGACUGCUCCGCUACUGGCCCAAGGUCAACAGCACAAAAGAGGUUAUGUUCCUUAACGAGGUCGAAGACAUUUUCGAAGUCAUGGACCCGGCUGAAUUCGCCAAGGUUCAGGAGCCUCUUUUCCACCAGCUGGCCAAGUCGGUUGCCAGCCCCCAUUUCCAGGUUGCUGAGCGUGCUCUUUACUUCUGGAACAAUGAGUACUUCUGCAACUUGGUCAGUGAUAACGUUGAGAUUAUCCUGCCCAUCAUGUUUGCGCCUCUAUACGAGAACUCCAAGGGACACUGGAACCGGACGAUUCACGGCAUGGUUUAUAACGCCAUGAAGCUGUUCAUGGAGAUCAACCCUCAAUUGUUCGACGACUGCUCCCACGAUUACACCGAGCAGCAAAACAGCGCCGCAGCCAGAGAAGCCCUCCGCGAAAGAAAGUGGGCGUCAAUCACCGAUCAGGCCAACCAGAGACGGUCAGCCAACGGUGCGGGCGCUCCGACAUCAGGUAGAGCACACGCUGGCUCCCUUUCUCGCGUUGAUGAAGUCGACGGAACCGAAGACAACCAGAAGCGAUUAGACUCUCUCAAGCUGCAAGAUGGCGACCGCAGGGAACGUCGGCAUGAGCAACAAGACUCGGUAGGAUCAACCCGAAGCCAAAAAUGA